AUGCCAUACACCCUUCCCACCAACAAAUUCGUGUUCACACUUCACCAUUACACUCAAACCGAUUGGGAGUAUCUUCCAAAGUUCUGUGAGAGGAACGAAGAUGUAGUCUUUUUGAAAGUGUGUCAAGAGAAAGGCUCUAGCGGUGAUACACCACACCUUCAAGGUUGUGUCGUAUUCAGCAGACAAUUCAAGAAGCAGCGCCCAUCGGCUAUCUCCAAGCUUCUAAUGGGCCCCAAUAAGGACAUUUGUCUCCCUGAUCCUGACAACGAAGGUAAAUUCUUAAAGCAUCACUAUCAUGUAGACGGGAUGAGAGGAACUCUCAAGGAAGCUGCAGAUUAUUGCGGAAACCUAAACAAGGAAGGCAACUGCCCUACUUAUCAAUACGGAGAGGUUCCCGUUACCAAACAAGGUGAUCGCACUGAUCACCAUGAUGUGAUGUUAAUUGUCAAAAAAGCAGCACAAGAAGGCAUGAAAUUCUCUGAGUUGGAAGACCUCGUCCCCAAAUAUGCAGACAAAUCAUCCACCUGGCUCCGCAAGCAGUUCCUAAAGCAUCGCAUCGUCAGGGAUAACUUCUUUGAAACGCAUGAGAUGUGGUCUUGGCAACGUGAAUGGAUUGAUUACCUACGCGACAACGAUCCCGACCCUCGUCUAAUCAUCUUCAUGGUGGAUAAAACAGGCAACGUUGGAAAAUCCGAAUUUGUUAGGAACGCCGAAUUCUUAUUACCUAAUAAAUCUGUCUUCACUUGCAGCUCUAAAGACACCACCUCGCUGUCUAACAUCAUCCCCCAUGAUGGUGCUGACAUCAUUCUCAUCGAUGCUCCCCGAAAGGUUCAAUUCAAUCUUCCAUAUGACUUCAUUGAGGAAGUGAAGAAUGGUGCUGUAAUUAACACAAAAUACGAGUGUUGUCCCAAGGAUUUUCGGACCCCUCAUGUGCUCGUUUUCAUGAACAGCUACCCAAUGAUUGGAAAGAGCAUUCUCUCGCAAGAUCGUUAUAUCAUACAUAGUAGAGUUAGAGUUGACGCCAGAAGAACUCAAGAAACGCGACUCGCAAAUUGGUGA